GCUGGAUCCAAUUUGCCAGCGCGGGAGCGGGAGCAUGAGGGGGAGGUCUCUUCGCCAGGGCUGAGGCAGCCUGCCGGACGAUGAGGCUCUCCUGCAAAGUGGUGGCCCUGGCGCUCUGCCUGGGGCUCCUGCUCCUCCUCUACCUUUUGGUGGGCAACGCAGACGAGCCGCCUUUGGAAGCGGCGGCGGAGAGCCCCUCGGGGCACGUUGCCGCCGGCGCUGGCGGGGACCUCGCCCCGCCGCUCCAGACACGCUUCCCACCGGUCCAGCCUGCGGAGCCAGAGAAGGACAAGGCAGCUCAGGUUUUCAGGCGGGAGCCACGUCCCCACCGAAAGCCAGGCAAACGCAGCGCGGCUCGAGCCAGAGGGAAGUUAGCGAGCCUUCGUUUUAGGAAACCAGAGGACCAGAAGCAUUCUCCAGCCCAGUUUUCUUCGGUGCAAUGGAUGCAUCUGGCGGUUGUAGCAUGUGGUGACCGGCUGCUGGAAACUCUCAACAUGCUGAAAUCAGCAGUUCUCUUUAGCAAAAAGAAGCUCAAAUUUCAUAUUUUUGCUGAGGAUUCCCUGAAGCCUGAAUUUGAGAGGAAAUUAGAGGAAUGGCCACCCUCUUUCUCAAAGAAGUUUGAAUACCGUGUCUACCCAAUCUCCUUCUCAGUUGGAAAUGCUCAAGAGUGGAGAAAAUUAUUCAAGCCAUGUGCUGCCCAACGCCUCUUUCUCCCGAUGAUUUUAAAGGAUGUGGAUUCCCUUCUGUAUGUGGACACAGAUGUCCUAUUCCUGCGACCCAUUGAUGACAUUUGGGGCUUUCUGAGAAGUUUCAAUGCCACCCAGCUGGCUGCAAUGGCACCGGAACAUGAAAUACCAAAGAUUGGUUGGUAUAGUCGGUUUGCUCGCCACCCAUAUUAUGGAACCACUGGGGUCAAUUCUGGUGUCAUGCUAAUGAAUUUAACCCGAAUACGAAACACCCAGUUCAAGAACAACUUGAUUCCAACAGGCUUGAGAUGGGAAGAGAUGUUGUACCCUUUAUACCAAAAGUAUAAAAAUCACAUUACAUGGGGAGACCAGGACUUGCUCAACAUUAUUUUUUAUUUCAAUCCAGAAUGUCUCUACCUCUUUCCUUGUCAAUGGAAUUAUCGACCCGACCACUGCAUGUAUGGCAGUAACUGCAAAGGAGCAGAAGAAGAAGGCAUUUCAAUUCUGCAUGGGAAUCGGGGUGUCUACCAUGACGAUAAACAGCCUACUUUCAAAGCACUCUAUGAAGUGAUACGUGAUUUUUCCUUUGAAGACAAUCUCUUCCAAUCGAUAUAUUAUCCUCUCCAGUCCAAGUUUCUCAACGCCGUACACACUUUAUGUGGGCGAAUUCCACAAGUUUUUCUGAAACAAAUUGAGAGAACCAUGAAGAGGGUCUAUGAAAAUCAAGUGAUUGUCAACAUUGGAGCCAAUUUCAGAUUAUAAUCAUAGCAAUAUAUUUUGAUAGCUUUUGUCUCCCACCACCUCCCAUCCUGGGGCCUAUGAACUCAACGUUCUGUGAUGGUGUUAGCUACAGUUCAGUAAACAGGUACCUGGGAGCAA